CUCGGGCCCCCUUAUUUUCUCAUACUCGGAUUCUGCAUACCUUAUCGUUUUUCUGUCAAUGCUCUUUUGUGCGAUUGUAUUAGUGAAAACAAAUUUAUUCGCCAGGUUCGGUUUUUGUCGUUUGUUGUUUUUGUUUUUCAUCGGAUGCGUCGGAUGCUCUACCGCCCUACCACCCUGUCGCCGUAGUUUGACGUUCCAUUUUUGCUGUGCGGUGAGAUAACCGGUAAACUUCACGAAAAUUUUGUCUCGCCGAUUCGGUCGCGAUUUAGUGUUAUAACGGAGAAAACUGUUCAAGGUCCAGGAUGCGCUGCACAACAUCGAGACGCUUGUUCGGUUGCACCCGUUGCACCAUCCGAAACUGAAACCACAAACCAACUUGCUCGCCUUGCAGUUUAAUGCAGCAGAAGCAGACGAACCAUAAACAGAAGCAGAAUCAGACGGCAUCAACCAGCCGAUCACGCAAUCGGUAACGCCACCGGUCACCAUCCGAAUCCACCGAAGCAGUAGAUACCGUUCCUGGCGGAGGAAGCUAUCUCGCUGGCGUCACAGUUUCUGCAGACUGUUGAGCCCGAUGCAGAAUCUUGUUACGCUGGCGGUAAUAACGCAAACCGUCCCUCCCAAACGCCUACCGCAUCCAUUACCAACGCAGCGACCUCACUGUAGACCGCAGGAACCGAUGACACCACUCUGACGCCGUACGCCGCACUGCCCCAGUUUGGCUCAGCGGCAUCGGCAGCAUUAAUCACAACGCCUUUACCUAAUCCUACGAUGGCACAAACAGUGGCCGCGGCCGCUGGGAAGCAGAUCAAAGAUCCCGUUUGCCAACGUGGUGUCCGCCAAGGUGUUCAUCGACAAGCAAACCAACCUGUCCAAGUGCUUCGGCUUUGUGUCGUUCGACAAUGUGGCCUCGGCACAGUCCGCCAUCCAGGCGAUGUAGGUUUCCAGAUCCGCACCAAGCGGCUGAAAGUAUAUUUCGCAGACGCAGGCUCUCCACCUACAAAGCACAUGCCGAACAGUGCCAGUAAAACAUUAUUCUACCGAGAUGUCGAUUCCACUUAUCCCUUCUGGAGGUUGAACCGCCGGAUGAGCGCGAGACGGAAACCAAAAACAAAUGCAAAGAGGCUCGAAACCGAUAUCGAAGGUUGCCAAUUUCUGGCGGAAAAGACUGACCGGCGGGAGUUAAUCGAUCUGCUGAAGCGAUUGUUAACGAUCGACCAUGAACGGAACCGUCCCUUGGCUCAUCUGGUGGACUCUUCCUUCUACAACAACGUCAAAGCUCCAAAUGAUGGAGGUGUGCCAUAGUAAAAACAACGAUUUACAAAAAACCUAAAUAGUUAUAACUGAAGCGUUUAACCAACGACUGCCACUUUGAUGAUAAACUUCGUUCCAAACGCCAUCACGUUCAACAACUAAGUUCAAUCAUGCGGGAGCCUGGUCCCACAUACGACAACCAUUUGUACCAGAUCUAUCGGGGCCGAAAUGUCGGUGGCCAGUACAGUAACGGUCGGCCGGAUGUUUUCCAGCAUCAGUUGGUGUCCAGCAUCCAGUGCCCAACGAAGCACGCCGCUGUCGAUGCAGCUGCCACUGCAGGUCCCACCUUGGCAGCGUAAUAAUGUUCCUUCGAGCUUGCAGAUGUUGCUGACCAAUGCGGUUCAACCGAAUGUUGCCUGGCCGCCGUGUGGAUGAGUGGUCGCCGUGUGGUAUCGUGGUGAAACCGGACCGCUCUUGCUGAUAGUGGACUCUUCGUCUUUUCUCAAUUCGGAGGAAAUUUAUCCGAAGCUGCAUCUCUACGUUCAGACGCGGCAUCCCGAGCCGAAGAAGGAAUAGUACCGCUUAUCAUUUGGUGUGAGUAUUGUCAACCUCAUCUGAUCCUUGCUAACGCCACGACAAUAAGGAGAACAACCAACCGCGUCAAGGAAAACACCCCUCCCCAUCAGCAGCGGUAUAACAGCGAUCGGAACAAUCACAUGUGCUAGCAGUACCAUGAUGCUGGGGGAUCAUCCUCGUCGUCGUUGUAUCACGACUGCAGCAGCAGUAUCAAUUAGUUGAAAAUAUCAUAGAUUCCGCCACAGUAGCACCACCGCCACUCAUCCUCAUCGUCACCAUAGCAGCAGCAGCUGGCACAGUCUCAACUGCAACAGACCAGCUGUCAUGGUAAUGGAAAUCACUACCAGCAUAUCGAUUCCGGAUCGAUGGUACAUUAAAGUACAAAUUCAUCACCUUUCUUCUUCGUCGUGCAGGCGGCAGCAAUAGCGGCAUGAUGAUGAGCAGUGACAGCAUACAUCAUGGAUCGAGUAUCGGUUACCAUCUCGGUAACGGCAGCGCAGUUCAUAUAUACUUGUCUUCAUAGCUAAUAGCAAACGAUCACAUUCACGAUACAGUUUUGUCACGAUGAGAAGUUUUGUCGCUUUAACCCUCUCUUUCCCACGACUUUUUUCAAAGAUUUCAGUAGGAAGGAAUCAUCUAUGGAAAAAAUGCUAGAACAAAAG